UUUCUUAGACGAUGGUUCCUCUCUAACGUUGGUGGAGAAAUCGGUAGCAGAGCAAUUGGGAGAGUCCGGACCAAAAGGAGCACUGUACCUGAAUUGGACCAGCAAUGUAACCCGUUGCGAAGCUGACUCCCAAGAAAUAUCUUUCAAAAUUUCGGGAAUAUCUAGUGGAAAAUCAUUCCAAGUCAAGUCAGCCAGAACUGUGUCAGAGCUGAACCUUCCAAUACAAUCGUUGAAUCCGGAACAACUUUCCUUUCAAUACACCCACCUCACAGGACUACCGAUAGCGAAAUACGAAAACGCUGUGCCACGCGUGCUUAUUGGCUUGGACCAAUUGAACCUGUCAAUGCCGCUGAAAUGCCGGGAAGGGCACAAAGGAGAACCAGUAGCCACAAAAACGCGACUCGGGUGGUGUGUAUACGGCGGGGGUAAUGCGAAAACCGUAGGGGUCAGUUGCCAUAUCUCGGAAGUCCAGCCAGAAACGGAUCUUCACGAGGUAGUCAAGCGAUACUUCGAGCAGGAAGAUACAGGAACUAAACCUGUCGUGGAAUUGGAAUCAGUAGAAGACACGAGAGCGAAAAAGAUUCUGGUCGACACCACGGUUCGUGUAGACGGUCGGUUUGAAACUGGGCUCCUCUGGAGAUAUGAUCACUUCGAAUUUCCAGAAAGCUACCACAUGGCUCUUCGUCGAUUGGAGUGCUUAGAACGGAGAAUGUCUCGUGAACCUGCACUAAAGGAGAACGUCCUCCAACAGAUUGAGGACUACCAAGCGAAAGGUUAUGCUCAUCUUGCUACUGAGGAGGAUCUGGCAAAUGCUGACCCACGCAGAACAUGGUAUUUACCACUCGGCGUUGUGACCAAUCCCAAAAAACCUGGCAAAGUGCGAUUGAUUUGGGAUGCUGCGGCCAAAGUGGACGGCAUCUCUCUCAACAUGGUUCUCCUAAAAGGACCAGAUCUGCUGACCUGUCUUCCAGGGGUUCUUUGCCGUUUUCGAGAGAAGCCCGUGGGGGUAAGCGGAGACAUACGUGAAAUGUUUCACCAGUUCCGUAUACGACGUGCAGAUCGCCCCGCUCAAAGCUUUCUGAUGCGGAAGGAUUCUAAUAAAAAACCCGAUGUGUAUUUCAUGGACGUAGCCACCUUUGGCUCCAGCUGCUCACCGUGUAGUGCGCAGUACAUCAAGAACCGGAACGCUGAAGAAUUUGCUGUCGACUAUCCCAGGGCAGCGGAGGCGAUAAUCAAGUGCCACUAUGUGGACGACUAUCUGGAUAGCUUCGACCACAUCGAGGAUGCUCAACGAGUUGCUGCUGAGGUGAGAAUGAUCCAUGGAAAGGGUGGUUUCGAAAUCCGUCGUUGGCGGUCCAAUUCCCAGGAUGUACUCAACCAUCUAGGCGAAACGGUGUUUCCGGUAGUGAAGGACCUGAACUUGGAUAAAAGCGACGGGGUGGAAAGAGUUCUCGGUAUGCUAUGGUUCCCAAUAGAGGAUGAAUUGGGAUUCUCAACUCAAGUGCGCAAUGAUAUUGCUGCAAUCAUCGACGAAGGCAGACGACCAACCAAGCGCCAAGUUCUACGGUGUGUCAUGUCAUUAUUUGACCCCCUCGGAUUGUUGGCCGUGUACACAGUGCAUGGAAAGAUUUUGAUUCAAUCGAUAUGGCGCUCGGGAUCAGACUGGGACGAGGAAGUUGGAGAGGAAGCAUUCAACCGUUGGCUAAAAUGGAUUGGAAUCUUAAAUCAGGUGGAUGGUAUUCGCAUUCCUCGUUGUUACAUUGGUCAAACUGCUUCCACUUCAUUGCACUCCGUAGAGCUACACGUAUUUGUAGAUGCCAGCGAAGAAGCAUACAGUGCAGCAACUUAUUUCCGUUUUAUUCUUGUCGACGGGACCGUCAUCUGCAACCUAAUUUCGGCGAAGACGAAAGUGGCACCUCUCAAAACGUUAUCGAUACCUCGCCUGGAACUUCAAGCGGCCGUCCUUGGGGCUCGACUUGCGUCCUUCGUCAAAGACAGCCACACUCGAACCAUAAAUAAAAGGGUUUUUUGGUCGGAUUCUAGCACCGUCUUAGCCUGGAUUCGGUCGGACGCCCGAAGAUACCGACAAUAUGUCGCGUGCCGCAUCGGUGAGAUUCUCACGCUAUCGGAAAGCAGCGAGUGGAGAUGGGUGCCUACCAAAAUGAACAGCGCCGACGAGGCGACGAAGUGGGGGCACGGACCUUGCUUAUCGUCGGAAGGAAAAUGGUUCCGCGGCCCAGAGUUUCUACAACAACCGGAGCAGCAGUGGCCACAACAGAAUUUCAAGCAGAAAGUCUGUACAGAGGAGGAGCUUCGACCAUGUUUCGUGCACGGAGUCUUGACGUUGGAGCCUCUAGUGAAGUUUGAACGAUUUUCCCUAUGGAUGCGUCUUCUCCGAACAAUAGGCUACAUACUACGGUUCAUUCAAAAUGCUCGUAGAACUAAAGAACAGCGAGACGUAACACCGUUGAACUCCGACGAAAUUCAAAGAGCGGAAAACAUUCUUUGGCGUCGCUGUCAGGAAGAAUCCUAUCCGGACGAGAUCGCCCAACUGAAGGCGGAUAAGAAAAAUGUUGACAAAUCAUCACCAAUUUAUAAACUGUCUCCGUACAUCGAUGAGUGUGGAGUCCUAAGGCAGGAUGGGCGAAUUGGAGCGGUAGCAAACACAGGGUUCAACGUGAAGUUUCCGAUAAUCUUGCCGAAGUUACACCGAGUGACAACUCUGCUUCUGGAUUACUAUCAUCGUAAAAACCAUCAUGCGAAUCCCGAAACGGUGGUGAAUGAGGUAAGACAAAAUUUCUACAUUCCUCACCUUCGAGCAGCAGUACGGAAGACGUCACGAAUUUGUCAAAAGUGUAAGAUCUAUAAAUCACAGCCGUCCACACCAAAAAUGGCACCCCUGCCAACCGCCAGAUUAGCAUCUUUUGAACGCCCUUUCUCAUACGUUGGAGUGGACUAUUUCGGUCCGAUGUUAGUGAAGGUUGGGCGCAGUCACGCAAAGCGUUGGGUGGCACUGUUUACGUGUCUCACCACUCGCGGAGUUCAUCUCGAAGUCGCGCAUAGUUUGAGUUCCGAGAGCUGCAUCACGUGCUUUCGCCGAUUCGUUGGGCGUCGAGGGGCCCCCGUGGAAGUAUAUAGUGACAAUGGAACCAACUUCCAAGGUGCUGAGAGGGAGCUUCGAAAACAGAUCGGCAACGGUCUGGCGGAAACAUUUACCAAUGCCAAUACCAAAUGGUUCUUCAACCCACCCUCAGCUCCGCAUAUGGGUGGAGCUUGGGAGAGGCUGGUUCGUUCUAUAAAAACCGCCAUAGAAAGUAUCGACACCGGAAGAAAGCUUAACGACGAAGGGUUUCAGACAUUACUAGUCGAAGCGGAAAGUAUCGUCAAUUCUAGACCGUUGACUUAUCUGCCUUUGGAGUCAGAAGAGCAGGAGGCCCUAACGCCGAAUCAUUUUCUGCUUGGAAGCUCCAGUGGGGUCAAGCAACCAGUUGCGAACCCCACGGAUCAGCGGGAGGCAGUCCUAAACAGCUGGAAGCAGAUCCAACAUCAGCUAGACAUUUUCUGGCGUCGUUGGUUGAGGGAGUAUCUGCCAACGAUUUGUAGGCGUACGAAAUGGUUCAGCGAUACCAAGAGAUCUGAAGUAGGUGACCUAGUGCUCAUUGCGGAUAGUAGCAAACGGAACAACUGGAUACGGGGACGAAUAAUGGAAGUACAGCCGGGGCCCGAUGGUCGGGUACGACGAGCUACAGUUCAGACGAGCACGGGAUUCUUAAGAAGACCAGUCAGCAAGUUGGCCGUGUUAGACGUCAGCGAUCCAAGUAAAACUGCUCCGGAUACGCAGUGUUACGGGGGCGGGAAUGUUGCCGUACAAGCUGGCAACGCUGGUUAGUAUCAUAGUACCAACUCUGCAGAAUUAAUUCCAAACGGUGAUGACGGGCGAACAUCAGAAACUCAGGAAAUACAGAACAAAGCCCUAUUAAAUGCGUGAUAGAUAGUGCGUGGAAGGCAGAUGAAAUUAAAUAAUACAGUGAAUUUAUUAAUAUUCCUAACACUAUAUACGUAAUCGUAUUACUACAGUAAGCUGAGGCUAUUUCCGUACGUCAAAGUGAUUUCAGCUGGAUAACGUGCGAACUAAUCGCGCUAGAAAUCGCAGUACCAAAUACCUAAAAUUUGAUUAAUUAAAUU